ACACACACGCGUAAAUGUCACUAGUCACGACGGGAUAAAGUUGUGAGUGACUCACCAUCUCCUUCGCGCGCCCGCCCGUCCAGGCUAGUUCCCGCCCUCUAAACCCGGCUUCCCAACUACAACUUGCAUCCUUCGCCCUGACCCCCUGGCCCACAACUUGAUCUUGAAAUCGUAAGAUUGUGUAGCCCUUCCGCCCUUGAUGGACUUGGAGCGGAGUGAAAAUCAAGGUUCACUCCGUUGUUUUAAUAUCUGUCUACCUUGUAUGAAGGGGAUUACUGUUUAGUAGUAGAUGGGGGGUACAGGGCUGGGAUGCCCUGUAGCAUUUCACGACGAGUUUAGUGCACUUUUUUUUGCGCAGAGUCCUUAAUUUUUUUUUAGGACGGAGUGUAGGAACGGGGAGGAUGGGUAGAAUGCAAUAAGGAUAUCUUCUAUUUUUCUUUUUUUUUAAAAAAAAAGAUGGCUCAAGAUAGCAGUCCUGACCUUCAUAGUACCGUGGUUUUUGAACAAGAUAUCUCACCGGAGCCAUUGAAACCGUCAAUUUCCAUCUGAAAAGAGUAUCAACAUAGAUCCCCCAUGAUUCUUGAAUACCAAAAACACAAAAUAGCAUGAUUGCUCUCCAUGCAGCGCCAUGUCAUAGUUCGGCCGAUGACAUUCCAUCCUAAAACAAUUUAAGUAGACUGGGAACCGCCCCCACUCCAUACUCCCCCGUUGUAAGAGCUACACAGAUAGCCAAGACGACCUAGUUCAACAUCGAGUAAGCUCGGCCGAGCUGCGCAGCACUACGUCCCUCAAGAUCAUCUUGAUUAGGUCAAUGGAGUCGUUUGUGAACUUGAAAAAGUGCUGAAUUAGUGCGGAACGGAUGAGUGAGCAGAGAUGUCUAGUGUAGGAUGCCUAAGUUGUGGUCUGUGUGCGUUCUUUGAUAUGAGUGUGCAUGUGCGUGUGCAUGGGUAGACGGUCUCAUAAGAUAUAUAAAUGUCUUUCUUGUAGGACUUGUGUUGAGGAAAUCAGUGUAUUCGACAUCAGUUUUUUUUCCUACACGAGUUAUCCAUACUUUGAAGUAUACAAACUCCAAGUCAUCGCGAAAUUUCAAAACAACUUGUAAUUGAUUCCCCACGAAAGCCCAAGGAAACAAAAGAAAUACAAAAAUAUGUCGUCCACCCCAUCCGCAAUGAUCGAAUCAACACCAACCUGGCCCGGCCCAGACCACACAGUCUUCAACCCCUUCAACAUCCACGAAAUAACCUACAAAACCCUGACUCCAACCCACGACCUCAAAGCCGCCCUCCUAAUCCCCAAAACGCUCCCAAAAGACAAAAAACCACACCCGGUAAUCAUAAAUAUGCACGGGGGAUUCCUAACAAUGGGCCACGCGCUCUUCGGCCCCUUCUUCGCGCCGUGGAUCGCGUCCCUCGCCCUCUCCAACAACGCAAUCGUCCUCUCAAUCGACUACCGCCUCCUCCCCACCCCCCGCGGCGUCCUCGACCCACUGCAAGACCUCGACGAUUUCUGGAAAUGGUUCAAGAGCGAUUUCGCAGGCGUGCUCGCGCGGUUGGACCGCUCGGGCGCCAUGGAGGCGGAUUUCUCGCGGGUGAUGCUGAUAGGGGGCUCCGCGGGGGGGUAUUGCGUGGUGCAGACGGCGCUGAGUUACCCGGAUGAGAUUAGUGCGGUUGCCAUGUUGUAUCCGCUGGUAGAUUUGAAGGACGACAUGUUUGUGCGGGGGCCGGCGGGUGGUAAAACGGUGUUUGGGAUGCCUGAGGAGAGUUUUAUGGGGCUGGAGGAGGCGGUGGCGUGGGUGGAGGGGGAGAAGGAGAAGGAAGGGUGGAAGAGUCGGGCUGGGUUUGAGGUCUCGCAGUAUAAUUUUGCGUUGACGCAGAGAGGGAGGUUGUAUGAGGAAGUGUUUAAUCCGACGGGGUGUGAGGAGGCGAAGAUAUUUCCGUUGGAGAGAAUGAGGGGGGGUGCGAAAGCGCCAGGGUUCAUAUGGGUUUUGACAGGCGUUGAUGAUUCCACAAUCAGGGUCGAGUCCGUCCGUGACACAGUCGCGCUCAUGAAGGAGAAGCUGCCUGGAACAGAAGUCCGGUACGAUGAAGCGCCAGGUCAAGAACAUGGGUUCGAUCUACUGAAUCCUGAAUGGGAGCAGUAUGCAGUCGGGUCAUUGGAUAAGUUGCAGAGGGCAUGGCUCCUCAAGUAG